AUGCAGGCCGAAUUUGAGAACGCAGAGGAGAUUGACGGAGUCAGAUUUUCCUGGAACUCCUUCCCCAACACCAAGAUUGAGGCCUCGCGUACAGUCAUUCCCAUUGCGUCUCUUUACACGCCUUUGCGCGAAAAACCCGACCUCCCUAUCCUCCAGUACGACCCAAUCACUUGCAAGAAUCCUUGCCGAGCCGUCCUCAACCCUUACUGCCAGCUUGAUCUUCGCUCCCGUGUCUGGGUUUGCCCGUUCUGUCUUAGCCGGAACCAGCUGCCUCCUCAUUAUAAGGAAAUUUCACAGGCUUCUCUCCCGCAUGAACUGCUCCCAACAAGCACCACCAUUGAAUACGUGCUUUCGCGCCCAGCUGCUGUCCCUCCAAUCUUUUUGUUUGUAGUCGACACUUGCCAGGAUAAUGAGAAUCUCCAGGCUUUGAAGGACACUCUUAUCGUUUCCCUUUCCCUUAUUCCUCCCAAUGCCUUGGUUGGUCUCAUCACUUUUGGCUCCAUGGUCUUUCUCCACGAGCUUGGUUACACUGAGUGCAGUAAGCUCCAUGUUUUCCGUGGCGACAAGGAAGUCACCCCCAAGGAUCUUCAGUCCAAACUCGGUCUUAACCCUCACCCAAUUUCUAUGGCUCCUGGCCACCAAGCUGCCCAGAACCCGGCCGCCGCCAUCCUUCAACAAGGCUACUCACGUUUCCUCCAGCCUGUACAAGAAUGCGAGUUCCAGCUCACAAACCUUAUUGAAAAGAUUCAAAAGGACAUGUGGCUUGUUCCCAAUGACCAGCGUCACACCCGUUGCACUGGUUCAGCUCUUUCUGUCGCCAUCAGUCUCCUCGAGCAUAACUUCCCUGGAACUGGCGCUCGCGUCAUGCUUUUUGCUGCUGGCCCUCCCACAAAGGGCCCCGGUUUGGUUGUUUCCACCGAUUUGAAGGAGCGUCUUCGUUCUCACCACAAUAUUGCCAAUCAAACAGCUCCUCAUUUUGAUAAGGCUGUCAAGUUUUACGAAGGUCUUGCUAAGCGCGCUUCUUCUAAUGGCCAUGCUGUCGAUUUGUGUGUUGGCUGCUACGACCAGGUUGGUCUUCAAGAAAUGAGUUCCCUCUCAAACUCUACUGGUGGUGUCAUGAUUCUUUCUGAUGCUUUCACCACUUCUAUUUUUAAGCAGAGUGUUCAGCGUAUUUUCGCCAAGGACUCGAACGGCUUUUUGCAAAUGGGCUUCAAUGCCUCCAUGGACGUUCAUACCACAAAGGAACUUAAAAUCACCGGUUUUAUUGGUCAUGGCGUGUCUCUUAAUAAGCGCUCUGCCUGCGUUUCUGAUACAGAGAUUGGCAUCGGACGAACUUCAGCAUGGAAGAUGAGCUCUAUCACACCUGCUCAUACAUACGCCACUUAUUUUGAGAUUGUCUCUCAAGGUGGCACUAACAAUGCUACUCCGCAUAAGAGCAAUCAACGUGCCCUCAUCCAAUACAUUACUCAUUAUCAGCAUUCUAGUGGCACACUUCGUCUUAGAGUUACAACACUUGCUCGUGCUCUUGUUUCUGGUGGAUCGCCAGAUGUUGCUCUUUCCUUUGAUCAGGAAGCAGCUGCUGUCGUUAUGGCCCGGAUAGCUGUUUACAAGGCUGAGAUGGAAGGUUCUCCCGAUAUUUUACGUUGGAUUGAUCGUACUCUCAUCAAUCUAUGUCAAAAGUUUGCCGAUUACCGCAAGGGUGAUCCAUCAACUUUCUGUCUUUUGGGUAACUUUAGCUUAUACCCACAGUUUAUGUACCACUUGCGACGGUCACAAUUCUUACAGGUGUUUAACAACUCUCCUGAUGAGACAGCCUUUUACAGACACUGCUUGAACAGAGAGGAUUUGACAAACUCCCUGAUUAUGAUUCAGCCCACCCUGAUUUCAUUCACAUUUGGUCGCCCACCAGAGCCUGUCCUUUUGGAUUCGGUUUCUAUAAAACCCGAUGCCAUUUUGUUGCUCGAUACAUUUUUCCACAUUUUGAUUUUCCAUGGUGAAAACAUUGCCCAAUGGCGUAAGGCUGGUUUCCAAGACCAGGACAACCAUGCCAACUUUAGAGAGCUUCUCGCCGCACCACGCAAGGAGGCCUCUGAGCUUCUUAUUGAUAGAUUCCCACUUCCCCGCUUCAUCGAUACUGAUGCUGGUGGCUCGCAGGCCCGUUUCUUACUGUCGAGACUUAAUCCUUCGGCUACUCCUAAGAAUGCUGAAACUUAUGGCGGUUUUAGUGCUGGUACCACUGUUGUUUUGACUGAUGAUGUUUCCCUGCAGACUUUUAUGGAGCAUUUGCAGCAAACUGUCGUUUUGGCUAAUUAG